AUCGUUCGUGCUGCACGUGUCGCGCGGCGUUCCAUCGCUUCCGAUCGCGAAAAAAGUUUAACACACGAAACUUUCUUGAGACUUUCCUUUCAACCAGACACUGUUGAAGUGGAACUGUCUUGUUUUAGACCUUUUUGUCUGGUGACCUUUUCGUAUAACCGGAAUUUUGGUUAAUCGGUAUCCCGAAGAACGGGUUUGGUACCCUGGUCGCAGGAUCGUGUUGUGAUAACUUGAUUUUCAGUGUUUUCUGUGUUGAGUGUGACCGGAUUUUUUCAUUGCCAUUUUACUGAUCGGUUUGUAUUGACUGGUCUCUGCCUCUUAAGGUCGGCUGCAGAUAACUGUGCUGUCAAACGUUUCAAGCAUGCCGCCGCCCGCCUAAGUAAUGAGCGGCCGCGGAGCGGGGGGGCAGCGCUGCCAGCUAAUCCUGCAGCGUUGCCUCGCGAUCCACCUCACCAAGCCGGGCAACGCGCCAGAUGACUUCUGGAUGUAUGAUUCUGGCUAUCUACUAUUCCAGAGUUUCCUGGCCGCAAAUGCGAAAUGCUGGUGGGCGGGGGCCCUCGCAGCCGCUACCGCGGAGCUCCGCUACGCUGGCUACGUGGCCCCCGGGGUCCUCCUGGUGGCGGGGGCCCCGAGAGCAUUGGAGACCGUCCGGGGGGCCUACUCUCGCUCAGUGUUGAAACCACCACCAACUUACCUCAUUUGCGGGCUUGGUGACAUAGAAGACUGCAUCGUGACGCCUGCGUACCAGGGCCAGUUCACGCCCCUUCCCGAAGCGCUCUGCGACUGCAUCAUGGAUCUCACGUCACAGGGGCAAUCCGCAACACUAGAAAGUAUAAGAACCUCACUCUCGUCGAAGUUCCCCUCGAUGCAGACACCCUCUCAAGAGGUAGUCUACGACACGCUCGCUCAACUGAUGCAGGAACGAAAAAUCUACCAGACAUCCAGAGGAUUCUUCAUCGUGACACCCGAGCGACGACGUUCCCGAUCCCGUUCUUCCUCCCGCCAUCACUCCACCGAGGAUGAGUGCAGUUCUCCCCGCACCAUCCUCAUGUCAGACCAAGAAGCCUUACACCAGCUUUACGGGGAGAUCACCACUGUGCGAGAUGGCGCCGUCACGCAUCAGUGCGUGCAGACCAAUCUAGCUGAUGUUAUAUGCGGAGGUAACCCCAACGACAAAGUCCUCUACGGUAGGCCAAACAAACGCCGAAGUGCCUCUUUCCCCGCGCCCCGCUCUCUCGACCGCCGCCACUCGCUGCGAAUCUUCGGCUCGUCCAGCAAGUACUUGCAGCGAUGCGCAUCUACUCGCAGCUUGCACCACAAACACGCGAACACGACCGAUAGCUCGUCUUCCACCGACUACCCACCUAGCGUUGAAUCUGCAUCGCCCAAGAAAGUGUCGUUGCUCUCCCGCUUAUUCAGACGAAGCGGCCGCAGCAAGCAGACCCGCGCGAUGAGCACGUUCUCUGCGCAGUUCCCGCCCACCGAGUGGUUCAACUCCAAGGCGGUGCAUCUCCACUGUGUCGCUACACAAACCGACUCUAAGGAGUCGCUGCAGAGUCAAACAUCAUACGUGUCGUCAUACUAUGAUGGUUCGGAGAUCAGCAAUCGGUCGUCAACGCUUCCGAGGAGGCACAAAAGACAUCUAUCCACAGAGUCAGGACUCGCAACUUCCAUGCAAUACGACCACUCGCCCGUUAGACAAUCAAGCCCAAGUUCUGGCAGUCUUCCAAGAUCAACACUGAGCAGAAGUUCAACCAACAAAACUAUACUAGACCAUUUUGGGUCACCACAAAGAAACAGCGACCCAAAACUACGAGAAAGCCCAAACGGAAGUUUACGGCGUGUGGACUAUUCAGAUAACGUAAUGUCCACGAGCGGCCCAUCGAGCUUGGAGAGUACGAAUACUCAUCGAACACCAAGGAAAGAGAGUAAAAACGGUCAAAUGGACCUCAAUAUGAAAAGGAGUUAUCACACAAGCAGCAGUGGUCACUCCAGUCUAGAGUCGCACAUAUCCGACCGUACUUUAAAACCUUCACCUAGUCAUAGUAAUGGAGGACCAGGUUUAAGCAGAGCACAAUCACUUGUUAAAGUUCAAAGUCUACAAAGUUCACCGAAAAGUUUACACAAGUAUAGAACAAAACCACCAAUUAUUGGCGGUGAAUCGAUGAAGAAUGGUAAAAGUACAUCACCAAGAACUUCGCCAAAAAACUGCCCAAACACACCCAAAAAAACUGCUACACCAUUGCACAACAAAACCCUCGGUUCCAAAAUAGAUAACCCCGCUACAACAAUGCUUGCUAGUUCUAAUUCCAAUAAUUCAAUUACUCUAAAAGUCACCACCAAUACAAUGUCUCAAAAUGGUGGAACGAACACCAAAGUAUACGUUCAAAACUCUCCAGUUAGAUCCGUAAUCACUUUUGAAAAUGGCAAAGUUACUGAGGCCAGUAAUGGGAGUAACAUUUAUAUUAUUAACGACGAUAGACAAGUUGUAUCAGUCUCCCAAAACGGGGGAACUAAUCAAACAACAAAAAAUCCAACAGAAACAUCUUUCGAUGUUUGUGUUGAGAAAAAGAAACAAAUAUACCAAGAGGCAGAACCUGUGAAAGUACAAGAAAAUAAGUUCAAUAAGAAUUCUAUGAACGACACGGGUAUGAAUAACAACCGAAAACUCUCUUUACAAAUUGGCGGUGUAGCUAAUAACAAUAGUUUUAUCUACAAAAAUCAGUUAAAUAACACAAAUGAAGUUGCAUCUAACCCGGCAUCGCCAGCCAUUCAUAACAACAUACACAAUAUAGAAACAUGCACUAAUAGCAAUCCAUCUACUCCAACUAAAAGUUACGAUAAUGUAAUCGGAUCGUUAGGGAAUUUGAGAUAUCAAAAAAACGCUCUAACGUCAGCGAAUAGCGGAAUACAUGCGAAUAUAAAUUCGAAUAGCGAACUAAAGAGUGUCGAUUUAUUGAAGAAAGCAGCGGCUUUACAAAUGCUAAAUGGGCUUCCAAAUGUACAUAAUAGAAUGAGCUCAGAGUCGAUAGCUAACUUAUUGACGAAAGGUAUCGAUCAAAAACCAACAGUGCUGGGUUCAGAACCAAAUCUAGCACUGAAGAAUCAAGAGCUGAUAAAGGAUAUAAAUACUUCUACCGAGAAAAUUCACUGCUUGGAUAACAAACAAAAACGGUACAGCCUUAGUCAGGAUGGCAAGAAAGAACACCAAGAUUUUUAUAAUUUUCCAAGUCUUAGCGACUUGAGCUUUAAUUUCACUAGUUUAGCCGCACAAAAGAUUUUGAAAGGGGUCAGUAUAAAUAGUGUGGACACAUUGGUUGAGCUGAACAUGGCAGCCAAUGGUUCGGAAAAGCAAAACAAUCGUGAUGUCGCAGCUGUGUGCACGGACUUUGGCCUUGUAUAGCAUGUAGGACAUUGUUUAUUUUGUUUAAAUGUAAAAUAGUAGGGUUAAUCACUACACAAUGUAAGCUAGUUAAAACUUAUUUUUAAUAACUUCAUAACAUACCUUAGAUAUGCACUAAUAUAUUUAGUUCAAACUUUGUACUCGAGAUUUUGUACUCUCAAUUUACGAAAUUACUUAUUACUCCAUAAAAUAUCUUUUCAUGUAUCCCUUUAUGGCUUUAGUCUUUAUUAACCUAUCACCUACAUCAGCGUUUCUUCGCCUACUUUUUGUGGCAGAUUCCCAUUGACAAAGUUUGUCCCAAAAAGGUACUGAUCCUGGACGAAAUAAUAAAUAUUAAUAAUAACCAGUCAAACAGUGAUUGGAAGAGGUAGGGCAAUAUAGUAUAGGAAAGGCUUGUGGGACAUUAUGUUACAAUUAAAAAACAAUACUAUACAAACUAUUAAAGCUAUCCCAUUCUCUUGCAAUAGAUAUUUUUUUUUACGAUUUAUCAAUGGUGUUAAAUUACCAGCAAUGGUUAAAGUGUGUCUAGAGUAAUUUUUGAUACACGAUUAUAAACUAUUAUUAAAAUAUAUUACUUAAAAUGAUAAAUUUCAUAUUACUUGAACUGACUUAAACUUUUAACUACAUAUUAUUAGAUUUUUCCAUAAUAUUCAAAUUUUUUAAGUUACGAUUAUAAACUAUAUAUUAGGAUAUUUUUUAUAUUAAGAUAACAUCAUGAAAUUCCACUACCUCAUCCAAUCACAAGUAUAGUUUAAUGGAUUUGACAUACUUUUGACUUUGAUUUCCAGUCGAUUUGACGGUAAUGCCUCUAUGUCUCUUAAUAUGUCCCAUUACACCUUUGUAAUAUAUAUUACAAAAUAUUUUACUUAUAGCAUCUUUUUGGGAGAGGCUCAAAGGUGUGCUGCAAGCUUUAAGCUAGCUUUGCAAUUACACCCUGGGCUCUGAACACCCCAGGUCAAGAAAUGCUGAUCUAUACUAUUAAUCUAGACUUAUCAUUCAGUAUUCAUUGAAAUUAUUGUAACAUUCAGUUAAUGAUAGUUUGUAACAUAUUGCGAAAGUUAUGCGACAAUAAACAUUGUUUCAUGUAAAUCAAAUGUGGCCUAAAAACACCCAUCCAAAUGUAAUUUAGUGCCUAUAUAAUUGAUAAUUAGAAUUGUAACCGUCAUCAUUUGUAGUAAUCUAUGUGUAUCUAAAUUUUACUAGCUUUUAGCACACACUAUGCAGUAUAAAGGGAAAAGAUGGAUCACCAUACACAUAAAUAUGUUUAUAUAUAAACAAAUUGAAUUAUAGUAAAUAUUUCAUUCUGACGGAGUUGUUAAUUCUUUCUUCAAACUUGUUAAGGAGGAUUAAUAAGGCUCUAGUUAUUUUACCCACAGAGAAAUGUAGUUCUACAACUAUGCCUACAUCUAUUGGCACUGGAGAUUCUAUCUUUACCACUAUUUAAUCAUUUUUAUGCAGUUUUUGUAUUACUAUGCAUAAUCUCAGAGCUGUAUAGCAAUCAAUCUUUUCCCUAUGUCUGUGUAUAUCUAUCACAAGUUUACCUUCUUCACAUAAGCACUUCUGAUUGUGCCAUCACAAUUUUUCCAGUGAAAUAGUUGAGUACAAACUAGAUUACAUCUCUUAUGAAAAACCGAUUCCAUCCAAAGAUGGGAAUUUACUGGGAUGUUAAAUGUAAAAUAUAUGUCAUGUAUUAAGUGCCAUAAACCAUAAUGUUAUGAAAAGCGAAUCGAGGUGGAAACAUGGUUAUAACACUAAUGCCACACAACACUUGUUUCAAAUUAAAUAGUAUUUUUUAUUACUAGGAACACAUUACAAACUGCAUAAGCAUUGUUACAAGAAGCAUUGAGUUGGGUGGCAUUUUAUAAAUAUGUUUCUACCCUUAGCUGUGUCCACGUAUGAUAAAUGCUUGUGUGACAAUGUCUGGAAUGCUAUUAACACCAGCUACUGUCACUAUGUCAAACUGUCCAUGAGACAAAAUGAAAAUAGCGAACCUUGAUCACUUGCUUCUUAGCAACAUGUUCUUAUUUAAAAUAGCUCGGCCUGGUGCCAAACUCAGCUCAUCCACAUGGUGAUCAAACCCUUGUCCUGUGAGACAUUAUACUUCAUAUGGACACAGCUAAUCAGACAGUCGGUAUCGGAUGAUUGGUGACCAUUUAUUUUUAUUUGUAAACUGUACUCAAAGUGCAGUCGAAAUAAAGGGUAAUAUUUAUUCAUUAGAGAAUAUAAUCGGAAGUCAAUGCAUAUUAGCGAUUAAGUGAUCAGUAACACCAUUUGUAAAUGUAUUAACAAUAUAAGUUGAUGCUUUAAU